AACCAAUCCAUCAAAUCAAAUCAAAAUCAGAAUCCAAACAUUCGAAACUUUCCUCUGAAAAUUUUAAAACUUUCUCGGAAAAUGUCAGGACGAGGAAAGGGAGGCAAGGGACUGGGAAAGGGAGGAGCCAAGAGGCACAGGAAGGUCCUCCGCGAUAACAUUCAGGGAAUCACCAAGCCUGCGAUACGUCGUUUAGCUCGUAGAGGCGGUGUGAAGAGGAUUAGCGGGUUGAUCUAUGAGGAGACACGUGGAGUUCUCAAGAUCUUUCUAGAGAAUGUUAUCAGAGACGCUGUGACUUACACUGAGCAUGCGAGGAGGAAGACUGUUACUGCCAUGGACGUCGUUUAUGCUCUUAAAAGACAAGGCAGAACUCUCUAUGGAUUCGGCGGUUAAAUUCAUUUCUAGGGUUUUAAUGGGUCUUGUAAUUUAGAUCUUCAAUUUCCUUUAGUAUCUGUAAUUGAGAUUAUCGUGAAAAUUAAUAGAAUUUCAGUUUCUGAAACA